CUAUUAUUAACAAAUAGUAUAUUUCUCAUCUGUUUGUUUUGUAGAUAAAUGAAUCUUAUCCUUUGAUGUGCCAAAACUUUUUUUGUAUGAACAUUUUUACAUAAUGUUUCUAAAAUUUAAAGUUUACCCAUCUGUUUUCUUAAACAGUACAAAUGGAGUAUAAUUUAAGGGUUUGUUUGUUUGUUUGUUUUUAUGGCUCAGAAUUGUCAUUGUAAACAUCAGUCACUUCAUAGAAUUUAUGUGAUUUCCCUAGAGACUUUUGCUGCAUAGGACUGUUCUCCUAAAUUGUCCUAGACUGAUAGGCUUUUAUGUCCCAUGUGCUACUUGUGAUGUGUGAUGUUUUGUUUUACCUUUGUUAGGUAAUUCUUGUUUCUUGGCUUUCUGUUCAUUAUAUUGACUCUAAUGUUAAAAUCAACAUUGUUUGGGUAAGAGCUUAAGUAUGGUUCUGCCAUCUACUGACUAAGGGCACAGAAGGUGUGGCAGCUUUUUAAAAUUUAUUUUGGGUUCAUCAACUAGAUUCGCCACUUUGUUUCGGAGUUCUGAGAUAACCUGAUGGCUGAUUUCUGAACAAUUGAAAUGCAGCAUAGAUUACAAAUACCGGUGUGUCCUUAUUUGGGGGAUUAAAAUUAUCGUGUACACAUUUUCUUAUAAAACAGUAAUAUUGAAACAAUUUGCUUAAGGACUCCUUCAAAUGGGAAGUCCAAUGGGCCUAAGUGGGCAUUUUCUAAUUAUAAAAUAUUUGAUAGGAUGGACAUUGAAAUAAAAACAGUGUAUUAGUUGACACUGCCAUUUGAAAAUGGCAGUCAUAAAAAUUAAACCACCUUUGAAAUUAUAGCUUUUUAAAGGACAAUGUAGAAGUCACAUGGAUUUGGUUUCAUGAAAACUUAAAUGCCUUAGGAAAACAUUCAUUUCAAAGUGAAAUGCAUUUGACUGCUUACCCAAUUAUAAACCACUAAAUGUUAAUUAAAAAAAAAAAACUGGAAUGGGAGAGUAUAUUUGUUUUUAGAUGACAGGAGAUAAUUGGGAAGAAAGAUAGAUAGUUUCUAUCCCAGUACAUUAGGCAUCAAUAUGAUGAUUUCUUAUGUCAGUGAGGUGUUUUUUUUUUUUUUAAUUUGAAAAUUCCUUUGUUUUAAUUUAUGUGAACGGAUUUUAAUUCUGCAUUAGGGGUAAAACAAACAAAGAGCUUUCUGUAGUUUUUUGCAAUUAGAACAUCGUUGGCAAUUGCCUUAUGAACAAAUUAUCUUAGAGGCCAAACGAGAGGAUUAGGUUUUCCUAGGAUACAUCUGAGAUGCAUCUGUGGUGGAAGUGCAAAAUGACACAACCCUCGUAGAAGACAAAUUGGCAAUUUCUAGGAAAAGACCAAUGCAUUUAAACUUCUCUGUAUACUAGUUCCAGAAAUUUAUUACAGAUGUACUUGUGUACUCAUGUAAUACUAUAUGUACAGGAGUUUUCACUGUAGCAUUUUUGCGGUAGCAAAAGAUUGGAAACACCCCUACUGUCUAUCAGUAGGGUACUGGUUAAUGUGAACUGUGGCAUAUCUAUACAAUGUAAAACUCUACAGCCGUGAAAAAAAAGAAAGGAUAUUUUCUAUAUGCAGAUUUAGAACAUUUUGAAACAUACAUUGUUGUUUUAAAAGAGCAAAGUUCAAACAGUGUAUGGUAAAUUACUUUUUGCAUAAAGGGGGAAGGAAAUAAAAAUACAUAUUCCUAUUUGCUUAUAUUUGCAAAAAGAAAAUCUGGGAGGUUAUGCAAAAUCUAAAUCCUAUGUGUGGAUGGGUGAGGAAAAUGGAGUAGAUGGAACUUUAACUGUGUAUGGUCUAGAUUGUUCUUAAUAUUUAAAUAAUGUGUUACUCAUUAAAAAUAGUUUUGUUUCAUUUGUAAAUCAUAUGAGUGGGAAAGAAAGGGGUAAGUCUGCUACAUUUACCACAGAAAUUAGCUAAUUUUGCUCCUUUAUCUCAGGAUCCUGGUAAGCACUGAAUAAGUAUUUGUUACACAAAUGAAAAUUGAACUCUGUAAUCUUUAGAUGGUCUCUUUUAGCUUAUUUCUUACUUAUUUACUUAUGAAUUUAUUCUUUUAGCUUAUAUCUUAAAGUAUAUUUUUAAUAUGAGAAAAACAGUAAUGUAAUCAUGUGUUGAUUCCAGUAUAGAAAUAAAGGAAAAUAUUUAAGUGGGAGGUAAUGAGAUACAUUGUUUAGUUUAUUAUUGUAUUAUCAGGAAGUUUUACUUGUAUGAUAGUGAUAUUAAGGAAUUAAUUAUAUUUUCUUUUAACUUCAUUGAGAAGUAAAAUAGUUCUCUAUUAAAUUAGGUAAUAAGCUUUCAUAAUUAGCAAAUAAAAGUUUAUGAAAUUUGAAGGCAAACGGGGAGAUGGCAAACAUAUUUGUUAAGCUGCCUUAUCUUCUGUCUUACUUUAUUUUCUAACAUAUGGGCAAAUGUUCCGUCCUGAGAUUAUUUUAGGUCUAUUAUAUAGCAGCAGCAGCAGCAAUUCCUGACAGAAAGACCAGAUACCUCUGAGUCUGGUAUUAGAGUUUGGGGAUGGGGGAGGAGAAUAGGGUUGAGUGGCUUUUGCUCUUCUGUUUCGAAGAAUCCAGGAAUUUGUUUCGGCUGUUGAGUUGAAAAUUUGAGUAUUCAAAUAAGUAGUAUAAGAAUGCUUAGUUUUCACUUUUAGAUUUUAUAUAUGUCACCUAUUUCUAAAUUUCUUAUGACAAGGAUUUUGACUGCCUUUGUAUACUAUUUUUGUGUAAAACUGCCUUUUUAAAGAAAAUUAUAUAUACAGAGAAGUGCACAUAUUAAAAGUAGAUGGCUCAAUGAAUUUUUCAGAAGCCAAAUACACCCAUGUAACCAGCACCCAGAUAAAGAAAAGAAACAUUAUGUAUGUAUUUUAUACAUACAGUUACACAGUAUAAUUUUUUUGUGUCUAGUUUCCUUUGCUCAACAUUAUGUCUUGCUAUUUAUCUACAUUGCAUGAAGUUGUGGUUGGUUCAUUUUCAUAGCUCCAUUCCAUUAUAUGACUAUAUCACAAUAUUUUUAAUCCAUUCUGUUAAUGGACAUUUGGGUGGUUUUCCAUAUAAUGCUAUUAUAAACAUUCUAAUACAUAUUUCUUGAUUAAUAUAUUUGCAUAUUUCUUUUGAGGAUGUCUAUCAGUAGAGUACUGAUUAAAUGAACUGUGGCAUAUCUAUACCAUGAAAUACUCUACAGCUAUAAAAAAAGAAAUGAUGUUCUCUAUGUUAUAUUUGAAAACUAUUUUUAGAAGCUUCUUUUUAAUUAUUUUAAGUAGGAUUUUUUGUGAGCAUCCAUUUGUGCCCAAGUUAUGAACAUUCUUAAGGCCUUCUGUGAUACUUUUUAUUAUUCAGAAAUAUUUUAGAUACAUGUUCUGAUUAUGUACCAUUAGUAUAUUGCAGAAAAGUGUUUUAUAUGUUUUAGUUUGUAUCUUAAUAAUGUAUAUCAUAAACUUCAUGAUUAUUGUAUUAUUUAAUUUUGCAUUUAUAUUUCAUAAUGAGAGUAAUUACCUAUUUAAAAAUGCAUUUUGUCUCUGAUCACAGUGCUGAGAUUAAAGAAAGGCAGUUGUACUGGACUCUUCACUAAGUACUUAGAUAUUUUUCACUUGUCAUUACAUUUUUUAGUUUAAAGCAUCAAAUUAAAUAUUAUUUUAUCCUGGCUUUUAUUUUAAUUCAUGCAUUUAAAAACUGAAAUUUAGAUAAAAGAUAGUUUCAAAAUAAAUUCAGUAUAUUAUUUAUGAGUGGAGCAACACAUUAGCAUUGGGUUCACAAUAGAUCAUAUCGCUUUUAUUCCAUCUUACAAGCUUAGCAGCACAAACAGAAUAAUCAACAUAUUAUUUGGCUGUCAUCUGCUGAACAGAAACCAGAGAUCACAAGGAGGUUUUCCCUAGCUGUGGUGAUGGCCUUUUUGUUCCAAGCCCCCAUCUGGGAGGGCCAUGGUGUGUUAUCAUAUGGAACGCGGGGUUUUCUGUAAUCUGCUUAGCUGCACUGCAGUUUGAAUCUUCAUUCCAUGUUUGUGUAAUUUAUAAUUUUAAUGAGACCAUGGCUCUUCUGGGCUUUGAAAUAUAUUAAAAGCUCUUUUGUGCAUAUGCUUUUGUUCUUGCUUAAUAGGCUCAGUGUAUUUAAAACUGAUGAAUUUUUAUUCAUGAAUUUGGAUGUCUGGGGAUUAACUUAGACUGAAUAUCAUUACACUCAUAUAUUGAUGGUUAGAAAGUUUUUUUAUUGUUAUUAUUUUGUUUUUGUGUGUGUCUCUGUGUCUGUGUGUGUCUGUGUGAUACUUGUUACCAGAAAAGGAAAGAACUUAUAUAAUUUUGAAAGACUAGGAAAAAGUGACAUGGCUGGAUCGUAAAGAAUUAAUUUAGAUUUUAUCCAUGUUAUUUAUUCAUACUCAUAUUUCAUGAUUAGUCUUAGUAUUUUAGAUAAAUGUUAUAAAGAAAUAAUUAUGAAAAAGCAACUUUUAAAUGAGUUAAUACUUUAUGUACUAUUGUUUAUAUUGGAAUAAUAUUCCAGUGUGUGACAAAGACAGGCUUUGUAUUUUAAUUGUAUGACAUCAAUUGUCUGGCCAUACUAAAUCUGCCAUUAACUUUCUUGAAUUAAAUUAGGUAUAUAUUUUAUAUUUUAACUAUUUGUAGUCUUUCUUAUUUCUGUAAAACCUUAAUUAAUGGAGUUUUUAACCUACAUUGGUGUAUAUAAUGAAAAGACUAAUGGAAAAGCAUUACAUGCUUUUUAUUACAUGCUUCAAAUCUCUGUAGUUAUUACUUAUAAUGUAUUUUUAAAAAUGGAAUAUAAACAGUUGUACAGUCCUUUAGAAGAAAACCAUGACCCUUUUUAGAUCCAGACAUGUUUUUUUGAAGUUGCUAUCUAUUGGAUUCAAUUAGGGGUAACAUAUAGACUUACUAGUCUUUUAUGAAGUUGCCCAAGGUAUAUAUUUUUUUUUGUAAAAACCUGUGUUUAAUACACUAAAGCAUUUUGUAACUAUAAAAUAUCGUUCUUUUUUGGUACAUGGUGGUCAGCAGUCUCGUUGGUCCCUUCUUCUCCCCCACUACCCUUAACCUAGAAACGUGAAAUAGAGGCAGAAAUGACAGCAUUUUGUUCUUUUCUAAGCUAAUCUAUCAGAUUUGACACUGAAAUGUUUGUUCUUCUAGAAUAACUCUCUGCUUUAGUAUUUAUUAGUUAGUUUAGGAAUUUACUGUUAAAAAUGUAUGAUCUAAAGCAGUGCUGUCCAGUACAAAUAUAGUGCAAGUCACUUAUUUUAUUUAAUCCAUUAUAUCCAAAAUACUAUUUUCAAUAAUAUGAAUUAUUUUAUUGUUUUUUUGUACUAUGUCUUCAAAGUCCAAGUGUGUAUUUUAUACUCACAAUACAUCACAAUUUGGACUAGUCACAUUUCAAGUUCUCAGUAGCCAUAUAUAGCUAAUGACUACCUUAUUGAACAGUGUAGCUCUAAAGUUCUACAGAAAUGUGUAUUUUUUGCAUUCCUCAUUAAUUUUCUAGCUAUAUCCUAUUCAAGGCGACCAAAGAAUGUUCAUGGACUAUCUAAAUGAAAUUACGUACAGUGUUUUUUAUAGCUCUACCACUGAUACUAUUGGUAUAUAUCUGCCUGAUUAAUACACAGAAUCAUAAUUAUAUUACCUGAUUCCUGUCUACUUAUCAGAUAUUGUAUAGAUAUGCUUAAAUAUAUUGUGAUAAUAAGGAAAUAAGGGCUAAUGUAAUGGAUGUAGUAUGUUUCUCAGCAAUUGUGGGCAAAUCAAACUUGUCAGACGUGUUUUAAGUAUACCAAGGAGCUUAGUUUUAUAAGAAUCUCAUGGCAAAUCUUAAUAUUUUUUUUUUUAAGUAGAGAACUCCUCUUCACAUUCUUAGAAUUUUUCUGCAUAGUUAUUUGUGGGAACGUAUAUGUCUCUUUUCACAUAAGUUUGCUUAGAGCUCAUACUGCUUUAAACUUGGUAGAAAAAAAACAAAAUAAAGUUCUCUAGGAUUCUAUACAUUUUAAAUGCUCUGUAUAUAUUCAAAUAGGAGAGGGAACGUCUUUACUUUAGAAGCACAUAGUUAAGAACUAUAAAACAUUGAAUGACGAUUUGAAUUGAAUCAAAUAUUUUAAAGUGUAAAAUGAUCAAGGUGAUGUGUAUAAAAUACUAUCACUACACAUACCUUAUAAAAAGUAGAGAUUUUUUGUGUAACUGGUUCUUGCUCAAGUAUGGUUUUGAGAGAAAAUCUCAAAAGGAGAUCUCUCUGAACUUUCACGUUUGAAAAUUCUAACACUUUAAAAUUUUGAGGGAAAUGAGCUAAUUUUUAUGUAAUCUAACUUUUAUGUAGAUAUUACCUGAUGCCUGUUGUAUCCUUUUACUCACUUAAAUUUUUAUUGACUUCUCUGUGACUUCUGCAUUUAAAGUGUUGACACAAAAUGUUAAACUAUUCUUUAAACAAUACCUCUAGUUUCUUGGAGAUGAUAAAUCCAUCCAUUGAUUUCCUAAUUUUAUUAUGUACACAGUCAAUUGUAAUCCAAGAUUACAGCAAACAAGAUGUUAAUUUCGAGCCAUAAUCUAUGUACAUUUCAAUUACAGAGCAUGAUUGUUAUAGAAGCACAGAAUAAAAAGGAAUAACAUUUGUGCUAUCCUCACAGGAGCUGUCAAUAAAAGAUGUAAUAGGGGAUUUAGGAAUCUGGAAAUGGCCAACUAAUUUAUGUGAAUCUAUUUUAUUUCAGCUAGAAAGACCAAGCUCUUUUUCGUCUGCACUGCAUAUUGCAGAGCACAGGCUGUCUAUAGAAAACCAGGCGGCUGCAUAUGGAUAGUCCCUUGAUAUCAUUCACUUGCUGUGUAAUCUUAUUAUGCAAAGUUCUAAUCUUCACCUAGAAUGAAUGCCUCUGGGUCAGAAUAUAGUCAUAUCAGGGUUUUUGAGGUCAUGUUUUGUGAUCCUUAGCUUAUUCUUCUAAGUAGAGCUGGGAUUUAAAGGGUAUUCCCCAGACGCUAGCAGAGAUAGACAGCAGAACCUGCUGCCUUUUUGGAAGACAAGACCAACAUGAGGUCCCUGGUAGGAUUAAACUUGAUUUGUAGCUGUAGGAUUUUUUAACAGAUGUAUUAUUGGACAGGGAAUAGGGGGCCACCAGCACAGCAAAAUUGAAUCACGACUGGCAUUCUCAGGGAGUUUGCUGCCUGCUAAAACAGCAGCUGCAUGUGGAUUUGACUUCUUUCAGGUGAAGCGACUUCCAGUCAUUUGGAAAGGAUGGGAUGAAAAGGAACCUUGGUGAUAAUUUUGAUGUCUGCAAGAUUUAGUACCAGUGUAAUGGGAUUAUCGGUAACACCUUCACUGCAGAAAAAGCCACCUGGCGCUAUAACUGGCAGCAACUGAGAACUAAUCCUUUCCCAUCUCUUGGAUGUCAUUCACGAAGCUCAAAGCGAUUUCUACCCUGCUAACUGUGAUUAAUUUUAUAAACAACAACAACAAAAAAAUCAGGCCAAUGGUGGCAGAGUCUGCAUAGAACUAUGCUUCGUGGUGUUCUGGGAAAAACCUUUCGACUUGUUGGCUAUACUAUCCAGUAUGGCUGUGUAGCUCAUUGUGCUUUUGAAUAUGUUGGUGGUGUUGUCAUGUGUUCUGGACCAUCAAUGGAGCCUACAAUCCAAAAUUCAGAUGUUGUCUUUGCAGAAAAUCUUAGUCGACAUUUCUAUGGUAUCCAAAGAGGUGACAUUGUGAUUGCAAAAAGCCCAAGUGAUCCAAAAUCAAACAUUUGUAAAAGAGUAAUUGGUUUGGAAGGAGACAAAAUCCUCACCAAUAGUCCAUCAGAUUUCUUUAAAAGCCAUAGUUAUGUGCCAACAGGUCAUGUGUGGUUAGAAGGUGAUAAUCUACAGAAUUCUACAGAUUCCAGGUAUUAUGGACCUAUUCCAUAUGGACUAAUAAGAGGACGUAUCUUUUUCAAGAUUUGGCCUCUGAGUGAUUUUGGAUUUCUGCGUGACAGCCCUAAUGGCCACAGAUUUUCUGACGAUUAACAAGCAUUUAUUCUUUUGAUUUCAUUAUUCUCUCCUAUUCAAGUGAAUUUAUCAUUGCCACUGAAACCAUGUACUUACUAAUAAACUAUUUGCUAUUUA